UCAAACUGUUCCUUUUUGGCUUGCAUUUACCCAUAAUUCCCGCUCAAAUUCGUGCAAUACCUCGUAUCUCUAAAAAUAUGGCGUCUUCUGUAGAGUGUUUAUGUGAGUGUUGAUGCUUUAACGCAGAAAAAUAAGAUCAAAAAUUUGCAAGAUGCGUGGCAAAAAAAUAUUGGAAAUGUGCCAAGCUGCGUCCAAGCACAAAUAUUUCUCCAACUCAAGAGCAGCAAACUAUGGAUUUUGAAAAAUUAAUAGACCAAGCAGAGAUAGUUUUCGAUAAUACAGACAAUAAUGUGGAUAGCAGAGAAAAUUUAGAGGAACCACGUAGUCCUAAAUCAGAUUUUAUUGAACUACAGAAUAGCACUAUAUCACACGCUUUCGAACCAGCAGUAGCCGAAAAUCUGAACGAUGGUUCUCCUACUACAAGUAUGCCUGAAAAUUUAGACACCAACCAACAUGAAAUAGUGCCAUUUUCUGUACAGAAUGUAAUCCAUGACAUCAGCCUAGAUGCUAUAAAUAAUCACUCAGUAAUAGGUUCCUCAAGUGUGUUUGCCGAUCAAAAUGGUGUUUUAGAAGAGACAAGGGUACAGCGGGAUAUCAUUUCCGCUGAAGAUGCACCUAUUCAUAUAAAUCAAAUUUCAAUGUGUCAUUCCAACAGAAGCUCUUCGACAGUGGAGGACGUAGGAACAAAUCCACCAAUUAUCAUCAACGAAGAACCGAACAAUAAUUUCAGUUCACAGUCUGGGUCCAAACGUAAAAGAAAUAAGGAACUUAGAAUGAAGGGUAUGGUUUAUACAGGAUUUAGGCGACCAUGAAAUGAAAAAAGAACGUUUCAAGAUAUAGAAAGAGAAGAGCGGAAACAAGGCGAAAGGUGUAACUCAGAAACCUGUAAGAAC